AUGUAGACAGUGCUGGAACUAGGAUUUUUAAGUUUAUUUAUAAUGUAUUAUGUUUAUUAGUAAUUGUUGAAUUUAUUGUUCUUAAUUAUUCGUUUAACAUUAUAACACGAAUGAAAAUUCAUUUUUAAUUUUAUAACAUUGAAUUUAUUAUAAUGAUGGGUGGGAAGUGGCUAAACCAAAUUAUCACUGUCGUAUGAAUAUAUUGAAUAACAGAGGCGCCAAAGGCGGCUAUGUCAAAAAAUUAUUUUUAAAUAAUAUUAUUAAUUUCGGCGUUACAGCACCCUAUUACAUACCGACUAUUAGUGAUGCACCGUUAUCGGAUAAAGAACAAUCGUAUCCCUUUCUCAUCUUUUCACACGGUUAUGCAGCGACGAGAUUCGUUUGCUCGGAAUUUUGUAACACUUUGGCGUCACACGGAUUUAUAGUCGCUGCCAUUGAACACAGAGACAAAUCAUCGCCUGCUACCUAUUACUAUGAUUCUCCAGAAAGCGCAGAGCAGGAUAAUCCCACGUGGGUCAAACAUCGACUUUUUCAUAAAACCUACAACACGGAUAAUUAUAUCCUAAAAAAUAGCCAAUUGAAAGUUCGGCAUAGAGAAUGCACUAAACUUCUGAAUACAUUUUUAGACAUUAAUGCAGGUGGUUACGUGAAGAACGUACUCAAGUCAUCGUUUGAUUUGAAUCAAUUCAAUGGUAAGAUUAAUGUAAACAAAAUAAUAACAUCUGGAUUUUCAUUUGGAGGCGCAACCGCAAUGUAUAAUGCAUGUUAUGACUCUCGCUAUCAAGCUGUUAUAAUUAUCGACGGUUGGAUGUUUCCGAUAAAAUCAGAGUCAUUUUUGAACAUUCAACAACCAAUGUUGUUCAUCAACACUCACACAUUCCACAUACCAGCCAAUCUAAGAUUGAUUCGUCAGUAUUUCUGUUCCAAAGGUAUUCGGAAAAUGUACACAUUGAAGAAUACCACUCACGAAAGUCCGACAGAUACACCUUUCAUACAUGGUUAUUGGUUAGACUUGCAAAUGCUGAAGAAGUUGGAUGCUCAGACGGCAUUAAAUCUACAGAGUAGUCUAGUAGUACAAUUUCUACGAGACACGAUAGGUUGUCCGACAAAUUCUGACAAUGCGCAAAUAUUCAUAAAGGAACAUUCCGAUGACCUAGUUGAAGACAUAAUUACUUAUACAAAAAGAAUUAAACGAAAAAUUGGGAUUUAUCCUUGGUGAACAUAUUGCAUGUUUAUGGAGAAAGAUAAAAAAUAACUAUUUAAAAUAAAAAUUACACAUUUUUAACUAAUUUCCUAAGUGGCAAAGUAUAAUAAAUUAUAUAUACCUAUAGUUGUGCAAAAUGUAAUUUGAAUUAUAUCUUAAGGUCAUAUUUAAAUAAAAUACUAUAAUAAUUUUAAUUGUUUGAAAACUUUUACCAGUAGAUCUGUCAUCUGUGAAUAUCAGUCUUAGGUAUUAUUUUCUAUCUAGCGAGAGAGCAUUCCGAUUCAACGUAUCAUCGCUCAACACCAGUCAAACGAGACCUGUUUCACUAAGUACUGAUUUUCGUCGGGCCACAGCAUGCUCUCUUGCUGAACAGAUUAUAGUUUUACAUUGUAAAUCUCGAAUUUAUGUACAAUUCUUAAUACGGUGUGUAAUAAUAAUACAACAUUAUACUAAGUA